CAAAAUGACAACACAAUCCGACAACGAAACGAUCAUGCUCGAAAGUAAAUAAGAGUUUGUUUAUUAAAUAUUACGUCUAAAUACACACUAAGUUCAUAAUGACCCUCCAAUGGACUCGACCACUCCUCAGAAACUUGACAAGGAGACAUUUUCACACAACAAAGGGCAGAUAUUUGUUUUACGAAACUUAUGAUAAGGAUGGCUACAGCAAAAAGCCACAAGAACAGCUUGAAUGGGAAAAAUUGUCAUGGAUAGACAAAAUUAAGUUUGAGUUAUCUCUUCAAAAAGAAUAUGUCAAAGAAUUUGUCACUGAUUAUAAACUGGAAUUCAACGAAGGUCCAAGAAUUAUAAUGCCAGAACAUCAUGUAGAUGUUUUUUGGAGAUUUACUGGAAAGAAGGAUGAAAUGAAGCAUUGGCUUGUCAGUUGUGAUAGUGACCACAAAGAGGGACAUUCAACUGCAAAAUUAGAAUACACCCGUGAUAACAAAGGAUUGUUUCACGGAUUUAUAGACACUAAAGUUCCACAUGACGGAUAUCUUAAGCGCACAGGUUGGGCUAACAUAAGAAUGGCUCCAAAAAAAACUUUCAUUACAAGAAGUGAAGCACAUGACUUUGAUCCCUAUACUCAUAUAGUAUUUCGCGUACGUGGUGAUGGGAGAGUAUACGCCGUCAACCUACACUAUAAGAAUAUAUAUGAUGUCUGUAUGUAUGAUACUUUUCAUUAUUUUAUUUGGACCAGGGGUGGUCCAUACUGGCAGUAUGUGAAAAUACCAUUUUCUAGAUUUGUCUUUGCUUACAAAGGCAGAGUUCAAGUGACACAUAAACCUGUGCCAAAGGAGCUUAUAAGCUCUGUUAGCUUCACGUUAGCUGAUAACAUUACUGGACCUUUUAAAUUAGAAAUUGACUACAUUGGUGUACAGUAUGAUCCUAAUCAUGAAGAAGAAUCAGCUUAUGAAACGUACUCGUUUGAUAAUCACUUAUUCUGGUGAAUACAUGCAGUAAUAAUGUAAAUAAAAGUCAUUCAAUGAAUCAUACCUUUAAAACAAGUUUAAU